GCAGAGAGGGAGCUUUGUUAGCUGCCCCUGGAGAAAGAGAUCGACUUUCCGUACCAGACAGACUAAAGUGGUAGCCUCUGGUGACCAUUUGCAAUCGAGCUGGGCUACACAGGCUGAGAGGAGGGGGCGAAAGGAAGAAUGGAACGAGAAGGAGCAAUGAUUCCGCAACAAAGGCAAGUUCUCUUUCUCCUUGUUCUGCUGGGUGUGUCUGGGGCGGCCUCAGAGCCGCAGCAGUUUUCAGUAGUGGAGGAGAUGGAGAGAGGCUCCUUUGUGGCCAAUGUGGCAAAGGCCUUGGGCCUGGAGAUGGGGGAGCUGUCAAACCGGGGGGCCAGAGUCGUUUUCAAAGGGAACAAAGAUUAUUUACAGCUGAACCAUAGAACUGGGGAUCUGCUCCUGAGAGAGAAACUGGAUCGGGAGGAGCUGUGCGGCCCCGCCGAACCCUGUGUGCUGCCUUUUCAGAUCUUACUGGAAAAGCCCUUUCAGAUUGUUCGGGCUGAACUGAUGGUGGAAGAUAUUAAUGAUCAUUCACCAGUGUUCCUAGACACUGAGGUGGUACUGAAAAUCUCGGAAAGCACUUCUCCCGGAACUGUAUUUGUACUAGAAAAUGCACAGGAUUUAGACGUAGGGAGCAACAGUCUCCAGAACUACACUAUCAGUCCCAACUCUCAUUUCCACAGUCAAAUUCGGAACAAUAGCAAGGGUAAGAGAUACCCAGAGCUUGUACUGGAUAAAGCCCUGGAUCGGGAGGAGCAAUCUGAGGUGAUUUUAACUCUCAUUGCAGUAGAUGGGGGAGCCCCACCAAAGUCUGGAACUAUCCAAGUCCGAAUCCUUGUAGUCGAUAUCAAUGACAAUGUUCCAGUGUUUACUCAGUCCCAGUAUGAGGUUCAGAUUCCUGAGAACAGUUCCAUUGGAUGCAAGGUUGUCACCAUUUCAGCAACAGAUUUAGACACAGGAAAUAAUGCAGAUAUAUCGUAUACAUUUUUGCAUGCUUCUGAAAACAUUCGUAAGACUUUUCAACUAACAGAAAAAUCUGGAGAACUUUAUUUAAAACAAAAACUAGAUUUUGAAUUAAUGCAGUAUUACGCCAUCGACAUUCAGGCCACAGAUGGUGGAGGUCUUUCGGCAGAAUGUACUGUUAUCGUUCAGGUGAUAGAUCUGAAUGACAAUCCUCCAGAGCUGACAAUGUCUUCAUUUAGCAAUCCCAUCCCAGAGAACUCUCCUGAGACAGCGGUCGCUGUUUUCAGGGUUUCCGAUCUUGACUCUGGAGAAAAUGGAAAGAUGAUUUGCUUCAUCCAAGAUGAUCUUCCCUUUGUCCUGAAAGCUUCUGUUGAGAACUUCUAUACAUUGGUAACUGAAGGAGAACUGGACAGAGAGAGCAGGGCUGAAUACAACAUCACUAUUACAGUCACAGAUUUGGGAUCUCCCAGGCUCAAAUCUGACCACAAUGUCACGGUGCUCAUCUCUGAUGUCAAUGAUAACCCUCCCAUGUUUUCUCAGAGAGUCUACAAAUUUUACCUCCGGGAGAACAACAGCCCUGCCCUACACAUUGGCAGUGUCAGUGCCAGUGACAGAGACUCAGGAAUCAAUGCCAAAGUCACCUACUCUCUGCUGCCUCCAGAGACUGGAGAACUGCCCCUCUUCUCCUACAUCUCCAUCAACUCAGACAAUGGCCAUCUCUAUGCUCUGAGAUCCCUGGAUUAUGAAGCCAUCCAAGCUUUCCAGUUCAUUGUGAGGGCAGCUGAUGGUGGUUCCCCAUCUCUGAGCAGCCAGACUCUAGUUCAGGUUUUGGUAGAAGAUGAGAAUGACAACUCUCCCUUUGUGCUGUACCCCCUUCAGAAUGGCACAGCUCCCUGCAAUGACCUGGUGCCCAGAGCUGCAGAGCCAGGUUAUCUGGUGACCAAGGUGGUGGCUGUGGAUAGGGACUGGGGACAGAAUUCCUGGCUUUCCUACCAGCUGUUCAAGGCCACAGACCCAGGACUCUUCACUUUGUGGGCCCACAAUGGGGAAGUUCGAACAGCAAGGCCCAUUAGUGACAGAGAUGCCAUCAAGCAGAGGCUCCUGGUGUUGGUGAAGGACAAUGGGCAGCCACCUCUAUCCACAAUGGCCACACUCAAUGUGCUCCUGGUGGAUGGUUUCUCUGAACCCUACAUGCAGUUCCCAGAUGCAGCUAAGGAGCAGGUCAAGAAUGACUUCCUUACCACCUACCUGGUCAUUUCCCUAGCCUCUGUCUCCAGUCUUUUCCUGGUCUCUGUUAUUGUGUUCAUCACCCUCCACCUGUGGAAGAGAAAAAGAGAUGCUACUAAUGGUGGUGAUUUUAAUUCAAAUGGCCCCUUCCCAGGUCACUUGGUGGAUGUCAGUGGAACAGGGACUUUGUCUCAGGGCUACCAGUAUGAGGUUUGCCUGACCAGUGGUUCAGGGACCAGUGAAUUUAAGUUCCUGAAGCCCAUUUUUCCUAGUCUUCCACCUGCUGAGGGAAGUGGGAAGGACCCUACUGAGAACUCACACUUGAGAAAUAGCUUUUGCUUCACUUAAUAUUUUGGUCUAUGUUUGAAUGGAUCAUCCUCCACCCUACUUCACCUUAUUGGUCUUCCUUCUUUCUGUAGCACAAAAAUACACUUUGUGAUAUCCCAUUUUAUUUUAAUAUCCAUCCUCUUUCCCAUUUUCCCAUUUUCCUCUUCUCUCUGCAUCCUUAGCCUGAAGAGCCUUCAUUCUUUUUGUCUUUUUAUUCUCCUUUUGUAUUGCUUUUUUUUUCUAGAUUACUCAUAUCUCUCAUUAGGUAUUUGGAAUAAGUGAACUUUAGCACAUUAUAAACUUAGAUUGUCACUGCUUAUGAUCAAGUAAUUUCAUACAUAUAUUGAACAUACUCAGUCUUGAUUUCUAUGGAAUUCUCUCCUUCAUGUAUCACUUGCUGUAUCAUGUUAGAAAAUGUUUUCCAAGGUUCAUCCUUUUCUUGAUGAACCAAUUGUGCUCCUCUUGAAUGGUAAUUCAGGUCCUAGUCAUUUGUAUUUUUCUCCUUUUCAUGCGCCUUUAUGUUAUCAAAAAUUUUCAAAGAGGUGCUAUGAUUUUACAACUUUGUUGCUGUAGUUACUAUAAUUUUACACACAACCAUAGUCUUUUUCUUUCAUGUUUAUGGAAUUCCAUUGGAUAAUAUUUUUAAACAAUGAGCUACAUUGAAAAUAUU